AUGGAACUUGUCUGGGACGCCCCGUUUCAGCUGCCGUGCUGCCCUAUGGGAGCUACACCAGGCCAAAGCGGUGGUCGUCGUCGUCCGAAGGAUUCGUUCGUUGCGCAUGUCAUCACCUCCAACUGGUCGAGGUCUUCCGCCACUUUGCAACCUCAGUCUUUGCCUGAGGUUGUUGUGAUCGUUGAACUUCACGCGUCCUCCAUCGAUCGAUGGUUCCCUCCGCGCUCCCUUACCGUCUUCCAAGCAACUACGGCCACAAUCUGUUGUUGUUCGUCGUGUCCCCUCUCUGAAUCGAACUGCGCCAAAUUCGAUGAUACCACCAUCGUCAGGAAUAUGACAACCACUGAUGGUGGCGGUGAAGUCGGUCGGUGA